UGUAUAAUUUCACCAAAAGCUCAUCAAACCUCACACAAAAAUUCCACCCUACACUCUCUCUCUCUCUUACACACUAUCAAAGACCAAACUCUCCUCAGUUUCUUCACUAAACAGCAUAUUUUGUCUCUCUACUUCCCCUAGAGAGAGAUAGAACAAACAUGAACAGUUUUGAUCCUCAAGAAAGAUCACAAGAACAACAAUCCCUGAAAAGGAGAUGGCAAGAAAGAAGACUCAUCUCGAACAUCAACACUAGACCACCUUCUUCUCUCCCCUUUAUCCCUCACUCAAAAAGCUUCCCAGGCCUUGACGACGAUGAUCUUGUUUCCGCUGUUGUUCCUCCGGUGACAGUCGUCCUGGAGGGCCGUUCAAUCUGCCAACGAAUCAGCCUCCAUAAGCAUGGAAGCUACAAUAGCCUCGCUAAGGCUCUCCGGCAAAUGUUUGUGGAUGGUGCAGGUGGUGACGUAGCAGAGACCGCCGAUCUUGAUCUAACAAACGCUGUUCCUGGUCACCUCAUUGCCUAUGAAGACAUGGAAAAUGAUCUCCUCCUCGCCGGCGACCUUAACUGGAAGUAUGGAUUUUGUACGUGUGGCUAAGAGGAUUAGGAUACUGCCAGUUAAGAGGAAUUCAAAGAAGGGAAGAGAAGGGGCAUAGGUCCAUCAAAAUCAUGAAAAUUAAUUACUAUUAAACGGUGUUUAUUUUGCUAGCUGUGGAAAAAAUUCUGGCAAACUAGCCAGCAGCCAGCCUAGUCUUUGCAAGGAUUAUAUAUGCAAUCUUGUAAUUGCGUACGUGUAAAAUUCAUCAUUUUGUAUUUUAAUUUCUUAUCUUUUAAUACAACAAAUUAGACUUC